UGACGCGCCUCUGGUGCUGCCUGGGGUGGGGGUAAUCAGCCCAGUGUUGUGUGACUGACUGCAACACCGCCUCCUGCACCAUGCUGCCGUUGUUGUUGAAGGCGAUGGCCGGGGCUGUGUGCACGCUGCUGUCUCUCUGCCUCAGCCUGGGGCGGCUGCCUUCAGCUAGCGCCUACUUUUCCGAGGAGCGGCAGCCCGGCGAGUCGCCGCUGCAGAGCCCCACCGUGCUGAUCGCGAUCAUCGCCCGGAACACGGCUCACACCCUGCCUUACUACCUGGGGGCCAUCGAGCGGCUGGACUACCCCAAGCACAGGAUCUCCAUCUGGGCAGCAACGGAUCACAAUAUAGACAACACGACCGCUAUCCUGCGAGAGUGGCUCACCAGUGUGCAGAGGUUUUACCAUUACGUAGAGUGGCGCCCUUUGGAUGAGCCAGUAUCCUAUCCAAAUGAGUUGGGUCCCAAACACUGGACCCACACCAGAUUUGAAUACGUAAUGAAGCUGAAGCAAGCUGCCCUGAAAUCAGCAAGGAAGCAGUGGGCCGAUUACAUCUUGUACAUAGACACGGAUAACAUUCUCACAAAUGACCAGACGCUGAAAAAUUUGAUGGCGGAGAAUAAAACUGUCAUAGCUCCACUGUUGGCGUCUCAGACUGCGUACUCGAAUUUCUGGUGUGGGAUCACUCCUCAGGGUUAUUACCGCAGGACGACCGAGUAUUUCCCCACGAGACAUCGGCAGCGGUUGGGCUGCUUCCCGGUUCCAAUGGUGCACUCGACCGUGCUGGUGGACCUGCGGAAGGAGGCUUCACGGGACCUGGCGUUUUACCCGCCACACCCAGAGUUCUCCUGGUCCUUCGAUGACAUCAUUGUGUUUGCUUUCUCGUGUCGUGCCGCAGAGGUUCAGAUGUACGUGUGCAACAAAGAGAGAUACGGAUUCAUCAACGUUCCCGCCAAGCCCGAAAGCACUUUGGAAGAUGACCACCUGAACUUCGUGCACAUUAUGUUGGAUGCCAUGAUUGAUGGACCUCCAAUGUACCCAUCGCGAUUCACCUUUCUCCCACCCAAGUAUCCGGAUAAAAUGAUAUUUGAUGAAGUUUUCCUCAUAAACCUCAAACGACGGCCAGAAAAACGGAAGAGAAUGCUUCAGGCAUUGUAUGAGCAGGAGAUUGACUGCAAAGUAGUGGAUGCUGUGGAUGGGAGUGCUCUGAACAGCAGCACCAUUAAAUCAAUGGGAAUUAACAUGUUACCAGGAUAUUAUGACCCAUUCUCUGGCAGGACUUUAACCAAGGGGGAAGUUGGAUGUUUUCUUAGCCACUAUUCCAUCUGGAAAGAGGUUGUGGAUCGAAACCUGAGCAAGGCCGUGGUGUUUGAAGAUGAUGUGAGGUUUGAGGCUUACUUCAAGAGGAAGCUGGUGAGACUGCUGAGAGAUAUAGAAAAUGUCGGAUUGAAUUGGGACCUGAUCUACCUUGGUCGGAAACAAGUGAAUCCCAAACAAGAGGAGGCUUCAGCUAAUGUUCCGAAUUUAGUGGUUGCUGAGUACUCAUACUGGACUCUGGCGUAUGCCAUUUCGCAGCAAGGAGCCAAGAAAUUGAUCGACUCUGAUCCAUUGAAAAAGAUACUUCCUGUGGACGAGUUCUUGCCCAUCAUGUACGACAAGCACACAAAUGAGGAAUAUAAGAAAGUCUACCCCAAGCGAGACCUGAAGGUGUUUUCUGUCCGUCCGUUGCUUGUGUUUCCCACGCACUACACUGGGGAUCCUGACUGGCUCAGUGACACCGAAACCUCCACCAUUUGGGACGAUGACUCGAUGAAGACAGGUUGGAGCGGCUCGCAGAAGACACUGAAGGACUCGCAAAGGGGGGCCUCGCGUCAGUCCAUUGGCUCUUCCUCGAGGGAUGAACUCUAAUCCUGACAAACAGUUUUCAGAAAGCUGACUUUCUGCAGAAGCAGAUGAUUUGGAUGGACAGACCUGUCGAAGCUUGAAUGAAGAUUUUUCAGCUGCAAUGUUGCAAACUUUAAUUGAAGCUCAUCCGUCAGACAAAGGCCGUACAGCUGAAGAGAUGAACCCGGACGACAAGCAAAGUUGUUCAAGCCCCUUGCAGACAUAUGUGUGUGAAACGUGGAAUUGUUACCCAGCUCUGAAGAAAGGUGCAGCCGAAUCUUGAACCCAACUCACCAACAAAAGGAAGAAAGAUGUGUGUCUCGCAAGCCAAAUUUUCAGGGCCAUCUCCCCCACUGAUCCACCUGCUAACCCACCCCCAAUGUCGUAGUUUAGGAUGAAGGACAACUCUUGAGUGAGCCUUUUUUCAGGAUCUCCAGCUGGUCUUUCUUUCGACCCCAAGCUUCAGCUGCCCUGAAGGAUAUUUCCAUCAGGCAGCAUUGCUGAGGUGGCCAUUCACCGCUGAGGUGGAUGAGGUGAGACUGGAUGCUGAGAGAAAGGGGGAAACUAAAAUUUGAGCACAUCACCAUAGAUUGAAUGACCUUGUUUUUUGCACUGUGUGAUGCUGUGGAAGUGAAAACUCAUGAGUAACACAAGGGGAAACGAUGUUGAAACGUAAUGGAGACCAUUCCUUUUGAAUAAAUGUGUCCACACAUUC